GCCAGUUAAUCAAUAGCCGCUUCUCUCAACCGUAUCAUGCUCUCCCUCUCCUCCUCCCCAUCCACAAUCCUCUGCCACUCUGCGGCAACCUGUCCGCCGCGUCACCCCCGGUUGUCCCGCCGUUCUGUUGUUGCCUCCGCCACUGCCACCUUCACAUCCUCCAGGACGUCGAGCAAGUCUCACAACUCACCACUGCGGUCGUCCGAGAUGGCGACAGCGUGUGCUUCCUUCUAUGAGAUACUCGGGAUCCCCGUGGCGGCCACUAGUGAAGAGAUCAAGACAGCGUAUCGGCGGCUGGCCCUGGUGUGCCACCCUGACGUGGCCGCAGUCAGGCGGAAGGAUGCUGCCGAUCAGUUCAUGAGAAUCCACGCUGCCUACUCCACCCUGUCGGAUCCCCAGAAACGGGCUGUAUAUGACGGGAAGUUGUACAGGAAUAGCCGGCCGCUCACGGUCGUGUCAUCCGGGUUCUCAAGUUACCGAGGACGGAACUGGGAGACCGACCAGUGCUGGUGAAAAAGCUCUCGAUCCAAUCAGGCUGGAGACUGGCAGAUGAGGCGCCUGCCUCCUGCUGGUCACUCGGUGCUUCGGUUUCUCGACUCUAUGCAAUCCUAAAGAAAGCGAUAGGUUUGUGAUGGAGUACUAUUUGUCGGAUCGGGUCUCACAGACGCCCAUUCAGUCAGCAACUACUAAUUAGUGCAACAAAGACGUGUUUGGAUCAUCAGCAAAGCAGUCGAAUCGAUCGACUAAACUGGUUUCAGCCAAGCUAGAGAGGCUGUGGUCGGGUUAUCGGGAGAUGAUUAAGUAUUGCAGAAAUCAUCAUCUGUUGUCUAUAGAAGAUAUUUCGGGUGUACAUGUCAAAGGAACAUAACAGAGGGAAGUUCUCACUUCUCUGAUGAUCAGGCCACUCCCCUCGAUGCGCGACAUGUUUAGCGGGACACUAAUAUGAUCUCUAGUAAUUGAGCUACGAUUGCACUUGUUGUACUGAUAUAAAUAUGCAUACAUAAUUGUAUAUGGAUUGGUUAAACGAGAUUUGUAUAAAUUUCCAUUGCUGUCUC